UCAAGCGCGCACUUGGGUGGGUGCAGUCUACAAGUUGUUUUACAAUCAGCUGUGGGCCAGCUCAGACCCAUACGCUACAUUUUUAAACCGGUCAGACGUGAAACUCACUUUUCCGGGGGAAGAUAUCCCCCAGAUUUGAGUCGACACGCCCUCAGAGUAUACUUGAGCUCCGAUGAAAUCGGCAAUUUUGCCUGGAAAACAACAUUCUUGAAAGGACUUUGCCCUGACUUCAACCACCGAUCCAGGGUGCCUAACAACUCGGACCCAGUGUUGCAACACGAUGGCCCCGGGUGGCAUAUUCCGCUUCUGCCUGAUCGUCACGAUCUUAGCUCAACCUGCUCAGUCCUGUUUUCCGCGCUCCAUCAGAUCCCAGGUCCCGGUGAAGAUUGACCCCGGCUAUGUCAUCACACAAGUUCCUUUAGAUCACUGUGGGGAUGUUGGACUGAGUCUUUCCUCUUCUGACCCACAUUUCACGGUGAACACGGAUGGGACCAUAGUGGUUGCUGUGGUCUCCAUGGUGACAAAAAUCAGGUCAUUUCAAGUCUGGGUUAAGGCGGGGCGCGGUCAACCGCGGAGGGUGGAUGUGCAGCUCAUUCCAGAUACUGAACAGUUGCAUCAAUACACUCUGCAUGCACAGAGUGCUCCAUGGAACCAGGCCCACAAGCGCUUCAAGAGAAGGUGGAGCCCGCUGCCUUUCAACAUUAUUGAAAACGCCUUGCCUCCAUUCCCUAAAGAAGUCGAGCUGAUCGGAUCGGACUCGUCUGUAAACUAUACAGUGCGCUACACCAUCGAGGGUCCAGGAGUUACCCAGCCCCCGAUGAAUGUUUUCUCUGUGGUUCAUGAAACAGGCAUGGUGAUAGUGCACCGUGCCGUGGACAGGGAGCUGUACCCCAAGCUGGUGUUUCAAGCUAGGGUGACAGACAAAUUGACAGGGAAGGAGACUGACCGCCCCCUGGACAUCACUGUCUUGGUGUUGGACCUCAACGAUAAUCCUCCCACCUUCUUAGGACCCCUGGAGUUUCAAGUAGUCGAACAGUCAAGACCAGAUACAGAGGUCGGGGUCGUGACUGCCACAGACAGAGAUGAGGCAGGAACUCCUCACACACAGAUUAAAUUCAGCUUGCUGACAGAAAACCAGCUCUUCAACAUUCAUCCCCAAUCAGGAAAGAUCACCACAAAGUCCGGCACCUUAGACAGAGAGGUCCAAGCCACGAUUCCUGUUACUGUUGAAAUUCGAGAUAUGAAUGGAGCAAAGAGUGGUCUGUUCAACACCGCCAUAGCCACCAUCACACUGGUGGACGUUAACGACAAUCCUCCAACCUUCACAGAAACUAUUCUCAAGGCCGAUGUAGAGGAGGACAAAGCUGAUUUGUUGGUUCUAAGGAUACCUGUGGAGGACAGGGAUGAAGUGAAUACCCAAAACUGGAAGGCAAAGUUUGUGAUCACCCAUGGAAAUGAGAACAACGACUUUAGGAUGGACACCGACCCGACAACCAACGAGGGACUACUUUAUGUUGUCAAACCUCUUGACUACGAGAAGGGCAGGUUGGUCGCAUUGAUAGUGUCUGCCCAGAACGAGGUUCCGCUAGUGAACAGCCUGACAUCUUGGAACACCAUCCCCGUGGAGUUGAGCGUGAGCGAUGUGGACGAGGGCCCCGAGUUUUCCCCUCUCAUCAAAGUGAUCCGGGUGAAGGAGAACACUCCCAUCGGAACUAUUCUUGGCUCCUACAUGGCUUUGGACCCAGAGACCAGGAGCAACACCGGCAUCAGAUACCUCAAGGUGUCAGACCCUGGCUCCUGGCUGAGUGUGGGUGAGGAAACAGGGGAGCUGAAGGUCACCAACCUCAUAGACCUUGAGUCUGACCUGGUGACCAAUGCAAUGUACAACAUCACCGUCAAUGCUGUUGACCCGAGUUCCAAGUCAGGUAUGGGCAUGAUUACUCUGCUGAUUGAGGACACUAAUGACAAUAUACCUGUGCCGGACGAUCGGGUUCUCGUGCUGUGUGAGGAGGAAGGAAAGAGGGGUUCAGUUACCGUGAUGGCACACGAUCCAGACCUAUUGCCUUACUCCAGUCCCUAUGACUUCCAACUCUCUGGAGAGUCGCCGAAAAAAUGGAGGCUGAGAGAUGCCCAGAACAUCUCUGUGGUGCUGGAGCAGGCCGUGGACAUGCCGCGGGGGAACUACGAGGUGGAAAUGCGCAUCGCAGACCUCCAGGACAAGGGCGACGUCCAGGUGGUGAACGUGAAAGUUUGUCGGUGCUUGGGGGGACAGUGUGUUGCCGCCACGAGUUCGGUCGGAAUGGGAGCGUGGGGCACUUUGGCCCUGCUACUUGCUCUGGCCAUGCUGCUCCUGCUCUGCCUCCUUUUUGUGGUUGUCUGCAACUCAAGGGGAGAGAAGAUGUACAUAGAUGAUUCCAGCGGAGGCAUGCUUCUGCACUCCAACACAGAAGCUCCAGGCGAGGAAGUGAAAUCAGCUAAUCUGCUCAUGAUUCCUCCUGUGGGGGGGUUGGAUGUGAUCGACCAAUCCGCCAAGGAGACGGGGCUACUGGACCAGAACCGGAAUGUGUCUGCAGGUGACAUGAGUGGGAUGACUCAACAAACCAUGGGCCAGCAGCAGGUGUACCAGUCCAGUCGCCAGGACUUCAUGUCUAACUCGGUGCAUCAUCAGAACAGUUUCUACACCUCAGGGGGACAGUACCGGGGCAGCGCCAACUACUCAGACUCACUGUACCAAAAGCAGGCCAACCACUCCCUGUUCAACACCUGGGACACCAACAAGCUGUACCUGGACGAGAAGCUGGACUACUUUGGUGGGGAGAUGGAGGUGUGUCACACGCUCGACUCACCUCACGCUUACCACUAUGAGGGCGAGGGAUCGGCCGCUGGCUCGGUAGGCUGCUGCAGUGAAAUAGGCGACCAAGACGGCCUGGACUUCCUAGACUCACUUGGGCCAAAGUUUAAGACGUUGGCCAAUAUCUGCCUCAGCAAAGAGUCCAGGGAAUGACUGACCUCCGAGCAUUCAAAAUUGUUAUCGUUGCAGAAAAUGGAAAUUAAUCAGCGUGAUGUUUGUACUAAAGCACCUUAAGGUAUAUUGACUUAAAGGCGCAGCAGGUUAGGUAUAAGAGCUAUCAUUUGAGUGUAAUUUGUCAGAAAUGCCAUUGUUGUCUGUCAGUUAUUAGUUUGUGCUAUGUGAGAAUAUCUGUUCCACUUGACUGAGACUGCUUCUGUAUGAGACCAUUUUGAUUUCAGAACGGUUAAUUUCUGUCCAAUCAGGGUAUUUCUUCCCUGACUGGUUUGGGUAACAAUCUUGCCUUUUAAUCAAAAGUGUAUGGAUGCGAUACUUACUUACUCAAUGUGGAUAAUUGAAGGGGGGGGAAUCGUUUUUAUGGGAAGUGAAGUCACUGUGUGUUGGGUGUAUGUAUGUUUUUUGAUGAUAGCGAGUUCUGAAGAACAACUACUUCGGUAUAUCGUGUGAUACCAUAAAAUACAAGCCAUCUCUGAAAACCAUCAUGUAAAAAAGUAGUUAAUUUAUAACCAACUACCAAUUUCCCAUUUCUCUUUGGCUUGUUAAUUUGACUGUUUUGAUUCUUUACUGUAAAGCUGUAAACAUUGGAAUUGUAAUCAGGAAUAUUAACUUAAGUAGAUGUGUAGAUGUCAUGAUUUUUUAAGUAACUUUUUUUACUAAACAAACUCAAUGUAUUAAUGGCCAAAAAAGUGGUUAAUAAAGCUAAAAGUUUUUGAACAUUUGCAAACAGAUGUUGAUCCAAAUCACAUGUGUUCUUCAGUUAAAUUAAUUUAUAGGUCCAGUCUAAGUAAUUGUCCCGUCAAGAUAUUAUUGUCACAAUACAAAUCAGAGACCACAGCACACAUGCCUCCUGCUGGUGGGAAAGAACACUGUUUAUAAAGUGGAGGUAUUUUAAAGGAGACAUAUUAUAGUAUUUUCCCAACAAGUAAACAUAGUAUUUGAGUUCUAGAAAACAUGUUUUUGAAGCUGUUUGCUGGAAAUAGCUUUUAGGGAAGAAAAUCUCGCCUAUCGCUAUUCCCCUCUGUUUCAGUCCCUUCAGAAUGCACUGUUUCUGGUGUCUGUAGCUUUAAUGCAAAUGAUCUUUUGCCCAUUGACCAAUGAGCUGUCAGACUGAACCACAGCAUGGAGAAGGGAAUGUUGCGUUUGCGGACUCCUGGAGCUCUAUUCUGUAUCAAAAUCAUAUAAUAUAAUAAUAAUAUUAUAUAUGGGUAUUUAUUAGUGGUGGGCCGAUAUCGGCGUUAACGGCUGCGUUAACGCAAAACUUUUAUCGGGCGAUAAAAAAAAUAUCGCCGUUAAUCUAUUUUCAAAGUUGGGUUGGGAGCUGGGCAUAGGCGUCACUUACGCUGGACGCGCCCCCACCAGUUUUCGUCAAGAAUCAUUUUGUACCCACCACUCGAGUGGAAUUAUUGUAACGUGAGGGUUCGAUAUGUGAUGGUGGAUCACUCUUUAUGAGAAUAAACAGCAGGGAGACGGUCGGAUGACUUUCUCAAGCGGUACUUUACUUUACUUUUCAACUCACAACCACAACACUUCCUUGUUCGGACCCAUCACGUGACUGAACUAACAAAUCAGAAGCUAGAAUUUAGACUGAGGUAAACGUGAGGGAAUCAGAGAGGCAGAUUCAACAGAAUAUCCUGACUGUGUUAAUGUGAACAUGUAAAUAUGAAAGUAAUAAUUGUGCAACAUAAAUAUGUAAAUGAUUAACUGACUUAACAUUUUAAAUACAUUUCUACAAAUUAACUCCAAUAUCAAUUAUAUUA